AUGCCACAACAUUAUAACAACAAUCGCGAAUAUGAAAUGGCUCUCCAGAUGAUGUCGCAAGAGGAGUAUCCAAUGGAUAUUGAUGUUGAUAAUGGCGGAAACAGCGGCGAAAGCUCGUCGGCGAUGAUGCAACCAGACGCGUCGACCGUCUCUAUUCGAGGUCAUCAAAAUACCACCGAGUGGAACCCUACCCUCCUUUACAUGCCUAUAGCGGUUCUUGGCAAACUCUUCAGCCUACUGAACCCAAUAGACGCAACAUGUUUAAGUCUAGCCAGCAAGGUCCUUUACAACAUCCCUCCCAGGCUCAAAGAUCAGAAGCUUCCUUCUCAGAUGGACACAUCAACAUUAUAUACGUACCCAGCAGUACACCUUCUGGCAGGUUCACCGUUCUCGAAGACCCCCAUCGAGCGACGUCUCGUCUCUGCCCGCGGUUGCACACACUGUGUCCCAGUGCGCUACUUCCCAGCACAUUGCGAACUUCACUUCCACCUGAAGUCGUGGAUGCCGAAACACUUACGGUACUGCGAAGGCCUAUGCAAGCAGUUUACUACUUCCAGAGCAGGUAGGGAAAAGCAGAAAUACUUUCAACCAGACGCAUAUGCCGAGUUUAUAGCGGAUUGGUGUGCUAUCGACGACACUCAAGACGAGCUUCAACUCAAUGGCGGCAGAUCCUUUGGUAGUGGCAGACUAUUUGGCAAUGUUCCUGCUCCCAAUAGGCCUAUCCAACAAAUCUCCAAUGGCCAUUACCCCGUCGUUCGAAGCUGCCCGGUCAUAGGGCGCUAUACCGAUCCUAACGAGGAGUUUUGUGGGACUUGUGGAGUCUCCUACAAGAAGCAGUAUGAGCGGGGCCGCAUGAGGUUGAACCCCAUUACGGAGGAUGGUGUAAAACUCCCCCUAUAUUACAACUGGCAGAGCAAGUGGAACGACAGAGUAUAUUGA